AGAGAAACAACCUCGAAUUUGAAAUUUGGUAUCAGGAGACUGCAUUACGAGGAGGUUCAGAAAUUUUUCGAAUCAUGCAAUUAGGAAGUUGGUACCAAGUGACCAUAAAUUAUGUGAAGGUGGCACGAUUUUCAAAUCGAAGUCCUCGAAUUUGGAAUUUAGUGGAACGUAGAAUUAUCUCGAAUCGUGACGUCAUCAAUAUCGAUUCGACUCGAUAACCCGACAUGUUCAAUUUGUUUCGCGCGCAGUUUAUGUUUGGUGAGUUUAGGUUAUGUUCGCAUAAACUGCGAGUUAAGUGUCCAGAAGAAAUGCCGAAAGUCCGAAGAAGUAAAAAGCCUCCACCGGACGGUUGGGAAUUGAUCGAGCCAACGUUGGAAGAAUUAGAACAAAAAAUGCGAGAAGCUGAAACAGAGCCUCACGAAGGCAAACGGAAACAGGAAUCUUUAUGGCCGAUAUUUAAAAUUCAUCAUCAAAAGUCACGGUAUAUCUACGAUUUGUAUUAUAGGCGAAAAGCCAUUAGUCGCGAAUUAUACGAUUAUUGCUUGAAUGAAAACAUAGCGGACAAAAACCUGAUAGCCAAAUGGAAGAAAGUGGGAUACGAAAACUUGUGCUGUUUACGCUGCAUCCAGACUAGGGAUACGAAUUUUGGAACCAACUGCAUUUGUCGAGUACCAAAAGGCAAACUGGAAGAGGGUAGAAUAGUGGAGUGUAUUCAUUGCGGCUGCAGGGGUUGUUCAGGAUAACGAUUGUCGCUGGCGAUCGGUCUUUUAUUUUUAUCAUUCUCGUUAACGUUUGUUACGCAAUUCCGUGAAAACAUUAUCGAGGACCGGCUAAAGUAUCUCUUCAAAAAUUGAUACGUUGUUAGCCGGAUAAUUGCGGAUGUUCCACCUUAAAUUCGUCGCGUGACCGAUCGAAAUACACGCGUACACCGCCAAAUAAAACCUCGCUGACAAAAUACGACAAACAUGUAUUCUGUUCUCUCAGCGCGAUGAUUUACAAUCGUUCACGCGCAACAAGACAAGAGAUUUUUUACUUAAUCGUUUAAACUAGUUGGAAGGUGACACGAUAGAAACAGAAUAAAACAGGAAUCAGAAAAUGA